GUAAUAUUAAAAUAAAAUCCUUUUAAGAGAUAUUAAGAUAAUAAAAUAAAAACCAUUGUAAAAAACCAAUUGGAAGAUUUUAUAAUAAAAUCGCAUCUAACAAAAUGGAUCGUAAAGCAGAGUUGGAACGUAAAAAAGCCAAAUUGGCUGCUUUACGUGAAGAGAAAGACCGUAGACGACGUGAGAAAGAAAUGAAAGAUAUGGAAGAAGCGGCUGGCCGUAUAGGCGGUGGUAUUGGUGUUGAUAAGGAUCAACGGAAAGACUUAGAUGAAAUGUUGUCCUCUUUGGGUGUAGCACCUGUUUCUGAAGUAUUAUCUUCAUUGUCUUCUGUCACAUCUAUCACUUCAGAUAAUUCAAAUACACAAACGCCGGAUGCAAGUCUGCAAACCAAUAUGAAUGGCGUAAAGAGGGAAAUUUUUGUUUUCUAUUUUGUAAAUGCAUAUUAUAUUAAUUAUUUUUACAGUGGUAGCAAGAAAAAUUCACUUAAUCUUAGCAUCUAUAAUGUGCAAGCCACAAACAUUCCACCUAAAGAGAUGCUUGUUUACUCAAAGCAAACACAAACCAACAGUACUGGAGGUCAUGAACGUGAUGUUCUUUCUUGCCAUUCCUCACCUCUGUCAGGAUAUAUGGAGGAUUGGUGGAGACCACGUAAAGCUCAUGCAACGGACUAUUAUGAUGAGUACAAUCUUAAUCCGGGUUUAGAAUGGGAGGAUGAAUUCACAGGAGAUGAUGAAGAGAGCUCUCUACCACAUUUGGAUCAUGGUUUUUCAUCGAAACUACCCCCUGGUUACUUAACACAUGGUCUGCCAACUGUAAAAGAUGUUGCACCGGCUAUAACACCCUUAGAACAGAAAAAAGAACAAGAGGAAAAGAAAGAAAUUAAGGAACUGUCAGAAGAACAAAAACAAAUGAUCAUAUUAUCCGGAGACUUCCAAAGGUUUGUAUUACGUGCAGGGCGCGUUAUUGAGCGUGCACUCUCUGAAAAUGUAGAUAUUUAUAUGGACUAUAUUGGUGGUGGUGAUAAUGAGGAUGGAAAUGAUGAGCGUUCUCAUGCACGACUCUCUCUGAAUCGUGUAUUCUAUGAUGAUCGCUGGUCGAAAAAUCGUUGCAUCACAUCUAUGGACUGGUCAACUCACUUUCCUGAGCUAGUAGUAGCAUCUUAUCAUAAUAAUGAAGAAAGUCCCAAUGAGCCUGAUGGUGUUGUUAUGGUUUGGAAUACUAAAUUCAAGAAACAUACUCCUGAAGAUAUUUUCCAUUGUCAAAGUGCUGUCAUGUCUACCUGUUUCGCCAAAUUUAAUCCUAAUUUAAUACUCGGUGGCACAUAUUCUGGACAGAUAGUUUUGUGGGAUAAUCGUGUACAGAAACGUACACCAAUUCAACGCACACCCCUUAGUGCUACUGCGCACACACAUCCGGUAUAUUGUUUACAAAUGGUCGGCACACAAAAUGCUCAUAAUGUUAUAUCAAUAUCGUCGGAUGGAAAAUUAUGUUCCUGGAGUUUGGAUAUGUUAUCGCAACCACAGGAUACUUUAGAGUUACAACAGAGGCAAUCGAAAGCCAUUGCUAUUACAUGUAUGGCAUUUCCAGCUACUGAGAUUAAUAGUUUAGUUAUGGGCAGUGAAGAUGGUUACGUUUAUUCGGCUUCACGUCAUGGCAUACGUUCUGGUGUUAAUGAAGUAUAUGAAAAGCAUUUAGGACCAGUUACGGGCAUUUCUACGCAUUAUAAUCAAUCCUCUCCUGAUUUUAGUCAUCUGUUCCUAACUUCUUCGAUUGACUGGACAAUUAAACUGUGGUCAUUAAAGGAUACUAAACCACUUUACUCAUUCGAAGACAAUUCUGAUUAUGUUAUGGAUGUUGCUUGGUCACCCAUUCAUCCGGCUUUGUUCGCUGCUGUUGAUGGUAGCGGUCGACUUGAUUUAUGGAAUCUUAAUCAAGAUACCGAAGUACCCACAGUAUCAGUAACUGUCGAUGGUGCGCCAGCGCUCAAUCGCGUUUCGUGGACUCCAUCGGGUCUGCAUCUAACUGUAGGCGAUGAUGCGGGUAAAUUAUAUGUAUACGAUGUGGCUGAGCACUUGGCGCAACCGUCACGUGAUGAAUGGUCGCGUUUCAAUGAUACGCUAAAUGAGCUCAAAAUGAAUCAAUCCGAUGAAAUUUAAAUACUUAAUUCUUCAAUGCGAUUAGCAUUGCAAGAAAUUUGCUUUCAUAAAAGACUAAAAUACUUUCACCAAUCUAAUAAUAUAAAUUUACCUAAACAUAAACACAUGUUA